AUUACCCACUGUGCCACGCGCAGGCGCGUUCGGCGUUCGGGACUCCCUUCUGCACAACCUGACAAUUGCAUCCGAAGAUGUCCACCAGAAGAACCAGAUCCGCGGCCCCAACCAUGCUUCUCCUCCUGGUCUGCGCGACGGCGGUCUCGGCGGCCUCUGCCGCCGCCGGGGCGGGCAGGGGCAGGGUCGGAUCGGGCCGCGCGGGGCCGUCGCCGUGCCAGGAUCUGGCGACGCGGGACGACUGCGCGGCGAGAGCUGGGUGCAGGUGGUGCCGUAGCGAGGCGCUCGACGACAUGUGCUUCGGGCCUACCGAGGCGAGGCGCCUCCCACGGCAGGUCUUCUCCUGCGAUCCACCCUCCGACGCGGCGCACGCCAGCUUCAACAAGUGACGCCCGCAGCCGCGCUCGCCUUGUUCCCGGACUGCUCCGUCUGACCUUUACUUUCGCCAGGCACCAAUUGUUGCUCCUUUUGUCAUUGCUGGAUCUGAGAUUUAUUUAUCAGAGAAUAGCUUGGUCCGUUUUGCUACGUGAUUCUUUCGUGGGUUUAUAUAAUAUAAUGUAAAAUCUGCUCAAAAUUCAAUCAGAGCAUUGCAAAUAUUGUAUUUAAAAAAAAAUCUAAGUCGUUUUCGU